UUUCCAGUUAAGUUAGUUUGCUGCUCUGUCUGACCUCUCUAUUGAGAACUCUCUGACACAAUUCCUUCACCUACAGCUCCUCCUUCUUCUCCUGUUCCAUCUUGUCAGUCCCAACUAAUGACAGCAGAACAACAUGGCAUUUUCAUCUCGCUUCUCCUUCUGGGAGCAAAAGAUCAAAGAAGAGAACAAGGUGGGAGGCAAGAGUUUGGAAGUUGACAGGCUGGCAAGCCGGGCCCAAUCAGUCCCUGGUCUAGAUCCUGGCAGAGCGAUAUUCAGGGCAAAAAGCCCUUCAACAGCUUCCUGGAAUGAAUCUGCUUCUCCUACCCGAGGUUCCUCCCCACCAAUCGCCACAGUGCCUGUUAAAGUCGCUGAGCGCUUCAAAAGCCCUGAACCACCAUUGAAGAUGACAUUUAAAUUACACAGAUCUAAGCCUUCACAAGUCCAGACAACAGAGGCAGCUAGCUCUGGGCAUGGAAACAAUGAAAACAAUGGCGAAAGCAUUCUGAAUGGUCAGAACAAUGGUAAUGUUGAUCCUUUGGACACCAAUACCAGCCAGAUGGACCUUACAGAUGAACAGAGGACGGCACACAAAACGGAAGGAAAUGUGGUUCCUCUUACUAAAAAUGUUGUGUCCUUACAGGGUGAUGAGGCAAAGAUUCUAACCCAAAAUUUAGCCAAAACUAAACAGGAAGCCAAAUUUAGAGCAGAAGCAGUCAAAACACUUCAAGGACCAAGAACAGCUCCCCUGACAAAGACAGUGCCAGCAUUCUCCUUUAAACAUGACAUUAUCAAAACAGAAAAUAAAGUGGAUAUUCCACGAGCACUGACACAUUUUAUGGUUGGUAACAAAAGAAAAGGGCUUUGCUCACAAACCAGCAAGGAACAAGUAGAAAAAGUAGAGAAAGGGAAAUCACAUGAAGAGAAGAAGAAAAGUGAGCUAAUGGAAACAAAUCGGGAGUGUACAGAGGGUACAACCACCCAGGUGUUACAGGAUACAGAGUAUUUCACACAUUUAAAGACUUCAUCAGCUCCUAUUGGCUUACCUCAGACUGCUUCCAAAGUUACUUCUAGACAUUCUUCUCUCCUUUCAGUUGAGGGAUUUGUGGCACCUCCCAAGUCAGCUCCCCUGACUUCCCAUACUGGUGUCACAUCUGCCACAUCUACAGCCACUCCUUGUACCCUACCUGCCUGUAAAUCCUCAGGCUUGCCUCCACUGCAUUCUGCCCUUAGUGCAAAUCCCUCUCAACAAGCUGCAGGAAGUCAGGAAGAGUUUCAGUGGUCCUGUGCAACAUGUCUGACCUACGUAUGUAUGAGACCCUGGUGUUAGAAAUGCAUGGUCCAGUUAGUAGAAGUAGAGACUGCUGAUGUGCUUAAUGUCUGUAUGAUUUACAUUGGCAGAUCAGAAGUGACGCAUGUGUGAGCUUGUUUCUUGUGAAUUAACUCCUCAACUGAUGUGUUUUUGUUUGAGACCAGUUUUGAACGUGCAUAAUGAAAGGUUGAAGGAAGGAAGGAUUUUGUUGCGUCAGUGUUUGAAGAGAGCUCUUUUCAUAAAGCCUUCUAUUUAAUUUGAAUCUUAUUUUGAAGAGGAAGCACAUUGAAUCUGAACUCUAGUUUUGCAUUAUAUGUAUAUACUUGUGGUAUGAAGGAUUUGUUGUGUGUUGACAAGCUCUGUGAAUAUUUCCCAGCUGACAGAAGGACAUAACAGACAUUGCAUUUCAUGCAAUCUUUAAAUCAGUUGCAUGGACUGGUUUGGUUCACCAUUUGACUAACUGUGCACUACUAUUUUUGUUAAAGUGUUUGUGAGUACAUUGGUGUGAUGGUGAGCAGGCUUUUAAUGGCUUUUUCAUCUACUGGUUCAGUGUUUACACAUGGUAUAAAACAGAGAGCCAGCAGGUUUGCUUUACUUCCAUUUACAAUAAGGCCAGGUGUGAGCUAUAGUAGUGCAGUUAAUAACUAUAGCUAACCUGUUCUGUCUUCAUUCCUGAACUUGGGUUGACUUUUCAUUUCUACAACAUAUCAACUUUAAUGUCAUUUUAAGUUGCUUUGGUAACUCCUUCCUUUUUUGCUUUCUCACAUUGUGAAUAAUGCUAUAGAAUAGCAUGAGCUUUGGUGUCCAACUAUGUUCUGAAACAACUUGAAUGAUUGUAGGUCAGUGUAUUCCUAGUUUUAUGAACAUUUGUUUUUCAUGCUAAUGUAAUAUUCACCCAGUUGGACAGAGUCUGACAGCAGGAGAUGCCCACACACAACACUAAUGAUGUUACCCAAAAUGCCAAAGGAGUGAAGAGAUGUGUACGUAUCAGAUCUGAUGGUGUCACCGCAGUAUUUGCCAAUAUUACCAUUGAAAGAUUGUGUAAUAUCGUGCAGGCCAACAAACAGGUGUAAACAGUUCAUUAGAGGUUGUGUCCUCAUUAAGUUUUUCUUGAUCAAGUCAGAGAACUCCAAAGAACAACUCUUGACAGAUCAUCGAUAGAGCAGGGAUUUAAAUUGGGUACUCUACCAUUCAUGUUGGAUUAGCUAAUAGCAUCUAAUUUACCACAGUAAUGAUAGCUAAGCUAUCAUCAAUAAUUUGCCAUCACGGAGAUCACUUAUUAAUAAUCGCAAAAUAAACAUCAAGCCUAAAAACAGAAUACUAUAACGGACUGAAUAUUCUGUUUUUAGUGUGUAAAAUCUUUGUGUUUUUUGGUGUUGAAUCCUGAUGCAUAGAAUGACGUUGUUGUCAAUUGCUAUGGCAACUAGUUUGUUGAGUGAUAAAACACAAGAAUGAGUUGUUCUGGGUUAUUCUUCAACGCCUUUUCUGUCAUUUCUUUCAUUGCUGUGGCGCACUGCACUGAAUUAAUAAUUCCUACAUCUCCAGUUCUUCAUUCACUUAACUGAAUAAUAACACGGCAGCAUGGCUAUGGAUGCCAUGCAAAAGAAUAGUCUUUUAGCCCUCCAGCGGUGUGCGCAUUCGUGAAAUUCUGGAUGUAAAUAAUAACAUGCAAGGUGUCUAUAAAGUGUGUGUGCGUGUGUGUGUAACAUGUUGCCCAUAUAUAACUGUGCUUUGACUUCUUAAUGCUGCCAACAUCUUCAGGAAUCAGGGGAAGAGGAUCUGUUUUCUCCUUUCCAGACGUCUCAUGUCGCAGUUAAGAAACCUCCAGUGUGGCCUGGGCCAUGCC